CCGAAACAUCAGACUCAAGGUCCGGAGCAGGUUGGUCGCCAGUGUCUGGGUAAACCCCAAGGUGGACAGAAACAACAUCAUGGGUGCGUCUGAACUAGCUUCCUUCUUGCUGCUGGCCACCGUUGUCUUAGCCUCUGUGAUCAGCACUCUGGCCCAAGGGUCUGGCAGCUGCAAAUCGCCUACAGGUGUCCGAGGCAGGUGUGUGGACAUUCGCCAGUGUCCGAGCGCUAUCAGGACCUUCCAUCGAAUACGUCCUCCGCCCUGCUCGAUCGAUACACUCAUCUGCUGCCUCGCUGCUCCUGGUACCAGCCCUGGAAGAAUACUAGACAUCUCUCCCCCCAUUGUCAACUUUCAAUGUGGACAGAACGUCUUUCAGACUUUCAACCUUGUCACGGAACCCAUCGGCGAGGUUCGUAGCCUCCGGCAGGGGUCUACGGACGGUGCAGGAGUGGAGACGGCUGUGGUUGCAAGAGGAGCAACGCCACCGCGGAGGCCAGGCAUCCCUCCUGUGGAUGAGUCCAGGACGAUUGUACAACAUGUUGCACUCAGCAAUGGAACGAUUGUUGAGAUCACGGCUGAGGAGGCGAUUGGUGGGGUGAUCGCUCUUAAGAACAAUUGGCCCUGGAUGGCGUUGCUGGGAGAGCGCAGUGGUGAUAGCAAUAACUGGUUCUGCGGCGGUGUUCUGAUCAAUGACUUGUGGGUCCUCACAGCUCUUCACUGUUUGACCGCCAGGACAGUUGAAGUAGUUCGUCUGGGAGAACACGACUACAGUGACAACAACGACGGGGCGGCCCACGAGGAUUAUGGGGUGGACAAGACCCUCCUUCACCCGGAAUACUUCCAUCCGCAGGCUUAUCAUGACCUGGCCCUCAUCAAGCUGGACAAGAGGGUCAGACUUAAACCAACGAUCAACCCGGUGUGUCUGCCGUGGGGGAAUGAGAGCACUCAGAGGCUGGUGGAUCAGACAGUCAUUUUAACUGGCUGGGGCGACACAGAGUUUGCUGGGUUCCCAAGCUCGGUGCUGCAGGAGGUGCAGUUGACGGUGUUCCCGCCUUCCCAGUGUGAUAAAAGUUACUCCACUCUGCUGGAGUACAGCAUCUCCUGGCCUCAGGGUGUUGGAGAGGAGACUGUGUGUGCAGGAGAUCUCAACGGUGGAAGAGAUUCGUGUCAGGGAGACUCCGGGGGACCAAUCGUGGCCCGGAACAAAGAUAACUUCUACGUCCUGGCUGGCAUCGUGUCCCGUGGUGUGGGCUGUGGUCAGAAGGACUUCCCUGGCCUCUAUGUCAACGUCCGUCUUCCUGCCUACCUCGCCUGGAUCAAGAAGAUCGCUUUUAGUUAAACUGUAUUAACUUUUACGUCAACUUCUGUCAUGCAACAUCAGUCUACUGGAUCAAGAAGCUUAUCUUCAGUUAACUAUCUUGACCUUUAUGUCAUCCUCUAUCAUCUACCAGUAGUCUACUGGAAGAAGAAGAUCACCGUUUCGUAAUUUUACAUUCAAACUAUGUUGUUAAUGAGGAAGUUGAUUACAACUUUGGAUUGCCUCUUAGCAGUCUGGAAAAACCAAGAGUUUACAAACAACUCUAUCACUAAUGUUCAAGAUAUUUCCAUAUUUAUGGUAUCAGAUAUAUUAUCCCAACUCCAAGCCAGAAAUACCAGACUUGCCUAUUAUAAAAAUAUUUUAUUUCUAAAAUAUACAUAGGGAAACAAUGCAAUGGUUACAUAGUAUGUUAUAUAAAGACACAAAUUACUCAGUGUUUCGGGUGUGUUGCAUAUAGUUCGGACAUUGCAUAGAAACUUGCAUUGCCAACGUUAGCUAUAGUAAUGUUAUUUAAUCACAACCCAUGUAAUUCUAUCUCAGAUUUGAGGCAAGAGAUAUAAUGACUUGUACACCAUAUAUGUAAGUUAUUGUCACACAAACUUGUCAAAUUGUAAAAGCUUUUAUAUUGUCAGUUUAUAAAACAUUGGGUUAUAUUUUCUAAACCAUUUUUGUGACUGUAAUCAUAUGUUACUUUAGUUAAACGAACCAUAUCUGUGAAUAGAAUGUUAAUGUAUAUGUUAAGCAACUUUGUGAUUUGCUCCUCAAUUAUGAAGCCUGCUUAACUAAACAAAUUAUUUAAAUUCUUUUCGGAUUCUUUUACCAGGAUUUUUUGAAUUGAAAUUUAUAUAAAUAAAAAUGUAAAUGUUCGUUUGUUCAAAAUCGCUAAUUUCCGAAAGUUCUUCAACGAUUGCUUGCCCUUGUGUGACAGUGCACAACAGAAAGUUGUUUUCACAUAUUCAUACAUUAAAACAUUGAUUGUAACCAUGAUAUACAUGUGCUUCAGCCUACAGUUUAGACCUAUUGUCUUGUGUAUGACCCUCUGUCCUGCGUGACAGUGAAUAC